AUGAUUGAAGCUUGGCGUCACAGAAGGUGGCAUCGAAAUCAGAGCGCUUUGCAUGGAGGUUGCGCGUUGAUGCGAGUUCACCAACAGAUUCAUGACCAGUGGGAGGGCACGAUCGGAGGCGAUGCCAACAAAUUCUUUGAUCCCAAUUCUUUAUUUUUUAAAUUCGUUUGUGUUAAUUGUGUUGUCGAUGUUGUUGUUUUGAUUGAACCUUAUAUUUUGGUUUAUGAAUUGGUGAAGAAUUAUUAUUGUGCUUACCAGGUGUUCGAUGAAUGGUCUCCACAAAAUUUCUUUUUUCUUUUAGCUUCUCUUUUGACUUUGGAUUUAUUUCUUUUUAGUUGUUGA